GUGGACUGCUGAGGGAAAGUCAGCAGCGCAGAGGACCCAUUCGCUGUCGUUGCACCCGGACCUCAACCGUGGAGAGUCGCGUGUGCAGACCUGGGUGUUGUGGGGACGCGAAAACUCCGCGGAGCCGCAGUCGCCGCGGGGCGGCCUGGGAAAGUCAGCAGCGCAGUGGCGGGAACCGCAGCCCGGCGGCCCUGGAAUCUCCCAGGGCAUGCUGAUCACCCAGACCUGCUCACCUCUGCAGCAGAACAAGGAGACCUGGAAGGAGACAGGAGACAGUAGCUAAGGAUCCAGGACAGAACACCAUCUAUAUAUUGUUCCUGAAAGAAAAACUCAAAGAAGGGAAACAGAAAGGAAUGGCUGAUUCUCCAAUAAACGUGCCCCAGGGUCUGUUUACAUUCCGGGGUGUGAAUGUGAACAUCUCCCAGGAGCAAAAGGAAUGCCCGGACUCUGCUCAGAAGAAUUUGUACAUUGAUGUGAUGUUGGAGAACUAUGGCAUGUGUAACACUGUCCCCCAGCAAGUGAAGACUGAUAAGGAGUCUCAUCAGUGUAAUAUGCUUGGCAAAAUGCUUCAUGACCCCUCCACAUGUGCACUUUAUAGAACAAGUGAAACUGCAGAAAACUCUAAUAACUACAGAUGCAGUAAUCACAGGGAUGCCUCUGUUGACUCAUCAAACCCAGAUAGACAUGACAGCAUGCACACUGGAGAAGAACCUUGCAAAUCUAGAGACUGUGAGAAAUCUUUAAAUUUGUGUUCCAAUAUUACUCAAAAUCAGAGAGUCUACACUGCAAAGAAAGACAACAGGCAGGGAGAAUAUGAUGACUGUUUCAGCUCUGCAUACAGUCCUAUGCAGCAAACAAUCUAUAUCAGAGAGAAACCAUUCCUGUGUGAGGAAUGUGGGAAAUGCUUCAUUACUGCCUCAAACCUCAGUGUACAUCGGAGAAUUCAUACUGGAAAGAAGCCCUAUAAGUGUGAUGUUUGUGAAAAAUCCUUUUCCCAACGCUCACACUUUAAAAUUCAUCAAAGACUUCAUACUGGGGAGAAACCCUACAAAUGCAAAGAAUGUGGAAAGUCAUUUCGUCAGUCCACAGGACUUAAUAACCACCAGAAAUUGCAUACUGGAGAGAAACCUUACAAAUGCAGAGAAUAUGGAAAGUCAAGACUUAAAGGGUAUUACAGAAUCCACACUGGAGAGAAUCCUUAUAAGUGUGAGGUCUCACUGAUCACCCAGACCUGGUCACCUAUGGAGCAGAGCAAAAAACCCUGGAAAAUGGAGAGAGAGGAGACAGUGUCUAAGGAUCCCGGGCAGCAAGCCAUCUAUUCAGCAAGCCAUCCGUUGUUCCUGAAAGAGAAACUCAAAGAGGAGAAACAAGAAAUGGCUGAUUCUCCAGGACAUGUGUUCCAGGUCAUUGGUCAUGGUCUGUUGACAUUCUGCGAUGUAGCUGUAAACUUCUCCCAGGAGGAGUGGGAAUGUCUAGACUCUGCUCAGAGAGCUUUGUAUGUUGAUGUGAUGUUGGAGAAUUAUAACAACCUGAUCUCUGUGGAGAACUAUUGGAUAUGUGAUCCUGUCUAUCAGUAUGUGAAGAAUGAAAAAGAUUCUUGCCAGUGUUGUAAUGACCUUGUCAAAAUGCUUCAUGAUCACUCCAAAUAUGCACUUUAUAAAACAAGAGAAGCUACAGAAAACUCUGCUAUGUACAGAUGCAGCAAUCACGUUGAUGCCUCUGUGAACUCAUCAAACCUAGAUAAACAUGAAAACAUGCACAGAGAAGAAGAACCUUAUAAAUCUAAAGACUGUGAGGAGUCUUUAAAUUUAUGUUCCCACAUUUCUCAAGAUGAGAGCCUGUACACUGCAAAGAGAGAAAACAGACAGGAAGAAUAUGGUGACAAUUUCAACUCAGCAUACAAUCUUUUGCCCCAAACAAUCUACAUAGGGAAAAAACUACACCAGUGUGGGCAGUGUGGUAAAUUCUUCAGUUCCCCCGCAAACCUUGUUAUACAUGAGAGAAUUCAUACUGGAGAGAGACCCUACAAGUGCAAUGUUUGUGGCAAAUCCUUUACCAAUUGCUCAAGUCUUGAAAGACAUCAGAGAGUUCAUACUGGAGAAAAGCCUUACAAAUGUGAGGUAUGUGACAAAUCCUUUAAUGUGAUCUCAAAUCUUAGAAUACAUCAGAAAACUCAUACUGGGGAGAAACCAUACAAAUGUAGAGAAUGUGACAAAUCCUUUACCCAGUGUUCACAUCUUAAAAGACAUCAGAGAGUUCAUACCGGAGAGAAACCGUACAGAUGCAAGGAAUGUGACAAAUCUUUUUCUAAGAGCUCAACUCUUCAAGCACAUCAGAAAAUUCAUACUAGAGAGAAAACUUACAGAUGCAAAACCUGUAACAUAUCCUUUACCCGGUGUUCAAAUCUGAAAAUACAUCAAAGAAUUCAUCCUAAAGAGAGAACUUACUUUUGUAAGGAAUGUGGAAAAUAUUUUACUAGCAACUCAUAUCUUAAAGUACAUCAGAAAAUUCACAGCGGAGAGAAAUCUUAUAAAUGCAAAUACUGUGACAAGUCCUUCACCCAAAGUUCAAAUCUUAGAACACAUUACAGAGUUCAUACUCAGGAAAGAAAGCUUGUGCAAGGAAUAUGAGGUUUGUUUUACUUAUUGUUCAACUCUUAGAACAUAUCAGAAGAUUCAUACUGAAGAGAAAAAUACUGUUGUAAAUAAGAUGACAUAGCAUUUAUGUGGCAUUACAAAUCACAGCAGUAUACAUGAUAAAUAAAGAUAAGAAAGUUGUAAAAGCCUUGAAAGACUCUUAAAUUCUUAGGAAAAUAUUAGUUUAUAUUAAAUUAGAAUCCCACAAUUCUAGGUGAAAAGCUUUUAAAAAUGCCUAGGUAUUUUGACUGCAUGUAUGUUUGUACCUUGUAUGUAUGCUCCUGCCUGUGGAGGCCAAAAGAGGGUAUCAGAUCCACUGAAGCUAGAGUUGAGGAAGUGUGUGUUAUCAACUGAAGCUUGGUUCCCUGGAAGGGUAGCCAGUGCUCUUAACCAUUAAACCAUCUCUCCAACCACCUGGGAAAAGCUAUUAUAACAUUUAACUUGCUUAAUACCCUAGAUUUCAUGAUCCCAUUCAUGGUUUUGGUUUGAAAGAAAAUAGCACCAAAGGGAGUGGCACAACUAGGAGAUGUAGCUUUGUUGGAGUAGCAUUGGUCUUGUUGGGUCUCAUGCUCAAGAUACCACCCAGCGUCUGAGUCCACCUCCUGUUGCAUUUGGAUCAAGAUGUAAGGACUCUAAACUCCAGUACUUCGUCAGCCUGCCUGCUGCCCUCCUACCGUGAAGAUAACGGACUAUAAGUGAGCCAUCCCUAUUAAAUGUGUUCCUUUGUAAAAGUUGCCAUUUUCAUGGGCUCUCUUAACAGCAAUAGGAACUCUAACUUGAGCAUUAGAUGUAGAUACCAGGAACAGAGGUAUUGCAGUGAUGGGCCUGACCAUGUUUCUUUGAAAGAAUAUUGACCUUAGGAUUAUGGAUUUAAAAAGUAGUUACCUGCUUUAAGUGCUGAUUAAUGGGACAUCCUAGUAGGAGCAUGGAAGAGAGUGAUACUGAGUGAUUUUAACUAUUGGUACCUGGAUUGGUUAGAAAAGAAUGUUAAUAUGUGGCCUAGAGAUUGUUCUUGUGAUAUUUUGUUGAAGAAUGUGGCUGCCUUUUUUCCUUGUCCAAAGUGUCUGUGUGAGGCUAAAGGGAAGAUUUGGAGUUUGUUAAUUUCAUUAACAGAAGACAUCUCAAAACAGCCUCAUAUAGACUCUACCAUAUAGUUAUUGGUGAUAACUCUAAUGAAUAUUUAUAAUGGUAAUAUGCAAGUUGAACAAGAAAAAAAAUACAGAACAUGUGUUUAUGUAGAACAAUUUGAGGAGGAAAAGAGCACCAGUAAGUGUAAUGGAGUUGAAUUCUGUGUUCCAGGAGAUAAACAGAUUAAGAAAUAGAAAAAUGGUAGUGGUGACCUUAGGGCACCAUUCCACCCAGAAAAGUUUCCAACUUGUGAAAAGAAUUAAAAAGAAGCUUACAGCCAGGUGUAGUAAUACAUGCUUUUAAUUCCAGUACUGGGAAGGCAGAGGCAGGCAGAUCUCUUGUUUGAGACCAGCCUUUUCUACAAAGCAAGUUUUUAGAACAACCAGCCUUCUGGCUUCAAAGAUAGAAGAAAUGUAUGUGGAAUCUUCCUCCUCAUAUAAGAAAAGUGACUACGGCCACACAUGUGUCAAGGGUGUUCUGAAUAGAGGCCUGGGGGGGGGGUGUUAUUGUGUGAAUUUGUGAAGGAGAAGCCUGUGUUUUCUUGGAGAACCAAAGAUAUUAGAGAUGCCAGAGUGAGUUAAAGAAAGCUGCUAACUGGGAGUGGAACCAUCCCAUGAGAAAGAAGUGUGUUGCAGUCAACACAACUGAAAGGAAUUGGAGCUCUGAAGACAUUUUGACAUCAGAUGUGGAAAUGCAGUUUGGAGUUUGCCCGGCUGUUUUUGGUCUUGUUUUGUAUUUCCACACUUUCUUCCCCGUGUUUUGGAAUGGUAAUGAGUAUCCUGUGCCAUUAUAUGUGAUCUGUUUGAUUACAUGACUCAGAAGACACUCUGGACUUUGGACGUUUAAAUGUUGUUUAGACCGUGAUAGAGUGGGAUCUUUUGCAUUUUGACUGAAUGCAUUUUUACAUUAUGAUAUAGUUACAUGCCCUUAGGGGCUAGGGAGUCUAAUUUGGUGGUUUGAAAGAAAAUGUCUGCCAUGGUGAGUGGAAUUUUAAGGAGGUGUGGGGUGGUUGUGGCCUUGUUGGAGGUAGGGGUCAUUGGUUACAGGCUUUGAGUUGUCAUGUGCAAGCCAUGCUCAGAUCUAGCUCUUGUAGACCAGGCUGGUCUCGAACUCACAGAGAUCCGCCUGCCUCUGCCUCCCGAGUGCUGGGAUUAAAGGCGUGUGCCACCACCGCCCGGCUCUCAUUUUUCUUUUUAAUUAAACAGUGUUAGAUUUUGAUCACAUUCUCAGCUAGAGAUUAAUUUAUUUGGGUGGUUUUUCCUCAAGAACAUUGUGAAUUACACAUUAUAAAUUGUUUUUAUUGUUCUGAGAAUUAAUUGACCAUAAGAUGUUUUGUGGUUUGUUAACUCUCUGUCCAUAAACAUGUACCAUUCCCAUGAACAUAAAAAUAUCUGCAAAAUUCCACUCUCAAAUCACUUUCUUGCUUGCUAUAAAGAAACUACU